CCGGAAUCUCCCACUUUAUUGUGAGGAAAGCAGAGAUCAUCCUUUUCGCUUGCCUCACAGACAGCACGGAGGGAGGAGCGGGGGAGGUGAAGAGUAACAUUUUCUACGAAGGGGACGCCGGUAGAGGGUAAUCAAUGAAGACGCAUGCAAAAAUAAAAUAGACGGCGGAGGUUGAAAGCAUUCAUACUGUGACACUCUGACAGCAGUAACAGGGGCUGAAAAUAGGGAUAGGUGCUUAUUUAAGAGGCAAGCGGUCUUUCUAUUAUUGACAUUAUAGGAAAGAUUCGUCCGCACCUUUGCAAAGAUGGGUAACCGGGGAAUGGAGGACCUGAUUCCUCUGGUAAACAAACUACAGGAUGCCUUCUCUGCUAUCGGACAAAACGCCAACCUAGAUCUCCCCCAGAUCGCUGUUGUCGGUGGUCAAAGUGCCGGGAAAAGCUCCGUACUGGAGAACUUCGUAGGCAAGGACUUCUUGCCACGUGGCUCGGGCAUUGUGACCAGGCGCCCCCUGGUGCUUCAGCUUAUAAACUGCCCCACAGAAUAUGCUGAAUUUCUCCAGUGCAAAGGAAAGAAGUUCACAGACUUUGAUGAGGUGCGGCAGGAGAUCGAAGCGGAGACGGACCGUCUCACAGGGCAGAACAAGGGCAUCUCCCCAGUACCCAUUAACCUGCGUGUCUACUCUCCUCAUGUCCUGAAUCUGACCCUGGUUGACUUACCGGGGAUGACCAAAGUGCCGGUUGGUGACCAGCCGGCCGACAUUGAGCACCAGAUCCGCGACAUGCUGAUGCAGUUCGUCACCAAGGAUAACUGCCUGCUCCUGGCUGUGUCACCUGCCAACUCGGACCUCGCCAAUUCCGAUGCCCUCAAAAUUGCCAAAGAAGUCGAUCCACAAGGGCAGCGCACGAUUGGCGUCAUCACCAAAUUGGACCUGAUGGAUGAGGGGACGGAUGCCAGGGACAUCCUGGAGAACAAGCUGCUUCCGUUGCGGCGAGGUUAUAUUGGCGUGGUGAACCGGAGCCAGAAGGACAUUGACGGGAAGAAGGACAUCACAGUGGCCAUGGCUGCCGAGAGGAAGUUCUUCCUCUCCCACCCCUCCUACAGGCACCUGGCUGACCGCAUGGGCACCCCCUACCUGCAGAAGGUGCUCAACCAGCAACUGACCAAUCACAUCCGGGACACGCUUCCUGGGCUCAGAGCCAAGCUGCAGAGCCAGCUGCUGUCCAUUGAGAAGGAGGUGGAGGAGUACAAGAACUUCCGACCUGACGACCCGUCCCGCAAGACCAAGGCCCUGCUUCAGAUGGUGCAGCAGUUUUCGGUGGACUUUGAGAAGCGCAUUGAGGGCUCCGGUGAUCAGAUUGACACCUAUGAGUUGUCAGGCGGUGCCAGGAUCAACCGCAUUUUCCAUGAGCGGUUCCCCUUCGAACUGGUCAAGAUGGAGUUUGACGAGAAGGAGCUCCGUAAGGAGAUCAGCUAUGCCAUCAAGAACAUUCACGGCAUCAGGACGGGACUCUUUACCCCUGACUUGGCCUUUGAGGCUAUAGUAAAAAAACAGAUUCUAAAGUUGAAGGAGCCCAGCCUGAAGUGUAUAGAUAUGGUGGUGAGCGAGCUCACCUCCACCAUCCGAAAGUGUAGCGAGAAGCUGGCCCAGUACCCCCUGUUGAGGGAGGAAAUGGAGAGGAUUGUAACGCAGCACAUCCGCGACCGCGAGAGUCGCACCAAGGAGCAGGUGAUGCUGUUGAUUGAUAUUGAGCUGGCCUACAUGAACACAAACCAUGAGGACUUCAUUGGAUUUGCCAACGCCCAGCAGAGGAGCAGCCAGAUGAGCAAGAAGAAGGCAGCCGGGAAUCAGGAUGAGAUCAUGGUGAUCCGGAAGGGCUGGCUAACCAUCAACAACAUUGGCAUCAUGAAAGGGGGGUCCAAGGAGUACUGGUUCGUCCUGACUGCCGAGUCUCUCUCCUGGUACAAAGAUGACGAGGAGAAGGAGAAGAAGUACAUGCUGCAAGUGGACAACCUGAAACUGAGGGAUGUGGAGAAAGGGUUCAUGUCCAGCAAGCACGUCUUCGCCCUGUUCAACACGGAGCAGAGGAACGUGUACAAGGACUACCGGCAGCUGGAAUUGGCCAGCGAGUCACAGGAGGAGGUGGAUGGCUGGAAGGCAUCUUUCCUGAGGGCCGGAGUCUACCCAGAACGCAUUCCUGAUUCUACUGAAAAGGCGAAUGACACUGAGGAUGGCGGCUCGGACGGCUUCAUGCACUCCAUGGACCCGCAGCUGGAGCGCCAGGUGGAGACCAUCCGGAACCUGGUGGACUCCUACAUGGCCAUAGUGAACAAGACGGUGCGAGACCUCAUGCCCAAGACCAUCAUGCACCUAAUGAUCAACAAUACAAAGGAGUUCAUCAACGCGGAGCUGUUGGCGUGCCUCUACUCGUGUGGCGACCAGAACACACUGAUGGAGGAGUCGGCGGAGCAGGCCCAGCACCGCGACGAGAUGCUGCGCAUGUACCACGCCCUGCGGGAGGCGCUAGGCAUCAUCGGCGACAUCAGCACCUCCACCAUCUCCACUGCCCUGCCCCCGCCUGUCGACGACUCCUGGCUACAAGUUGCGGGGGGGCCGUCCGGGCGCAGAUCGCCGGCAGCCAGCCCCACCCCGCAGCGUAGGGCGCCCCCAGGGCCUCCCUCCAGGCCCGGCUCCCGUGGCUCGGCCCCUGGGCCCCCCGCUGCCGGAGGUCCCCCUCUCCCCUCCCGACCUGGGGCGUCUCCGGACCCCUUCAGUGGGGCCCCCCCACAGGUGCCCUCCCGGCCCAACCGCGCCCCCCCGGGUGUACCCAGUCGUCCGGGUAAGGGCAGCCCCUCUCGGCCCGAGAGCCCCCUUCCUCCGUUCGACUCUUAAUCAUAAUUUCCGGCCGUUCUCCUGCAUCCCGCCUCACCCCAACCCUGUUCCUCUCACUACCUCCCCCUAUUGGUGUUGAAGAUUAUAAAAAAAAAAACAAAAAAAAAACAAGCAAACGAACAAAAAAAUGACAAGAAGCCUGGACCCCCCCCCCCCCACAUCCCCACUACUCACCAUGGAGACAUUUCCCACAUUUUAUGAAGAGAAAACAGGAAGAGCAUCUAAAAGAAACAUCUAAAUGACCACCCCCCCCAGCAUCAUGUGAUGUUGUGAUGUCCUGCACGGCUUGGAGAGCCUCCUGUAAGAUUAGCCCCCUACGUUUUUUUCUGUGACGGCGGACUGAGUACAUCUGGUCACUGUGAAACAGUCCCCUGCGCCUCGACUGUCCCCUGUAAGUCUUCACGUCCUCCCACCCAGUCAAGAGCUCCACUCCUUCAUUAGCGAGACGUUUCUUUGCAAGGCGGGGCCAAAGUAGAAAGUGCAAUAUCUCCGCGGGAAGGCUUCGGUCGAGCUAACCGCUUUCACGCCAGACACACCAUAGAGGUUCAGUCUACGAGGACGUGAAGACGGCGUCCGAAACCUGGGGCACCUUUGGCUCGCCGUGUCCGGUGGGCUGGCCUGGCAUGUAACCACACCUCUCGGCAGAAUCCCAGGGUGGAAAAAAAAUCAUUCCAAGUCAGACGUCUUGUAAGCGUUCCAGUGUCUCUUUCUUGUCUCUCAGUGAAUCAAGGGUCGAAAGACAUUAUCAGGUAAACAAAAAAAAAUAAAUAAGUGUCUAUGCAUAGAUUAUUGCAAUUGUUUGUUAAACAUUCCUUGUCCUGUUGACAUUGAGGACAAGGUAGACUUGUGUCUUUGUGGUUGUUGUACUCUGACCCUGUUUGUAUUAAUUGUUGGGCAUGGCAACCUUCUCACAUUUAAACAGCUGUGACAGGUCAAUAAAAACAGCGCCCCCCCCCUCCCCUGCACAAGCAUCCAGCUCCACCAAUCUUAGCGACAUCAUUUACAGAUUAACUACAAUUUAAGAGUAAAUAGUUCUUUAUGGGCAUAUCUUAAGUGUGUUACAUAUCUUUGUGGUGCAUUAUGGGAAAUUGUGCUUCCACUGUUUAGAUUAGUCGACAUGUAAGAUUAAUGAAUAUUAAAUUAUUCUGAACACGUGAAUAUGUGUAAAGUUUUAUGUAUGAUAACGUGGAUAAAAUGAUCACAGUAUAUAUUAAAAAAUGUGGGAAUCUAUUUUCAGUCAAUAUUACAUAUUGACACUGCUCAGCAGAUGAGUAAAGAAAGGCUCCGCCCCCCUGGAGAAGGAAGAGCGAAUGGGUGUUUAUUUCAGCUGACAUGUGUCCUGUACCUUAUUGCUGUUGGUUGAAUGAGUCUGUGCAGCGAGGUGCUGUCAAUUAAAACAAACAGAAAAAUGGGUA